CUUCAUUUAAUAAUUUUAACAGAUUUUCCCCUCUAGCCCAACUAUGAUAUACUCAUGAAAAAAUUGGAGUGCCAAGUUUUGGAUAAAAAUUACGUUAAUGAACUAAGCUGCAAACUUUUGCGACAGCGGAUUCCCGUAGUUUCGGCCAGAUUUAUUUUAAAUCAAACAAUCGACAAAUUCGACAUGUUUCUUACUUUAAAUAUGUUGAAAAAGGAUAAAACCCGGAUGAACAUAGCCGACCUGAAGUUGGAUGGCUGCAAAUACUUGGGUUCGAUGUACCAGAACAACAUUAUUGGAAAACUGUACAAACGCCUCAAAAGUUGCAGCAGUUUGCCGGCUAAUUGUCCUGUGAUGAAGGGAAAACUGUACGAGAUCCGCAACUAUACAUUCAUUUCGGACGAAUUCCCGCCAGGAGCCCCGCAAUCCAAAUGGCAAGUGCGACUCGAUUUUCUGAAGCGCUCCGAACUGGUGGCAAACAUUUUGUUUGAGGGCUCUGUGGUCUAUAAUACGUGAUGUUAAUGCAUAAUGGAUGCGACUAAAUACGAGUGCUCCAUAACCAUAACCCGCUCGCUGGUGGCGCUACCUCCCCCACCCCCUUUUUUUAUAUGUA